AUGGAAAAUCAGACCUCACCAGAUGGUACAGAGAAUCAAAUCUCACCAGAAGGUACAGAUAAUCAGCCCUCACCAGAUGGUAUGGAGAAUCAGACCUCACCAGAAGGUGCGGAGAAUCGGACCUCACCAGAAGGUGCGGAGAAUCAGACCUCACCAGAAGGUACGGAGAAUCAGACCUCACCAGAUGGUACGGAGAAUCAGACUUCACCAGAUGGUACGGAGAAUCAGCCCUCACCAGAUUGUACGGAGAAUCAGACCUCACCAGAAGGUGCAGAGAAUCAGACCUUACCAGAUGGUACGGAGAAUCAGCCCUCACCAGAUUGUACGGAGAAUCAGACCUCACCAGAAGGUGCAGAGAAUCAGACCUUACCAGAUUGUACGGAGAAUCAGACCUCACCAGAAGGCAAAGAGCUUAUAAUAUAA